CAAGGUCUGUUUACAAACGUUCUGCAGUAGAUAUUACAAUACAGACAACAGACGAUAUUAUGCUGAUAUAUUUCGGACUUAUGCUCAAAUGUGUUGAAUAUUGUUAAAGUAUUAUACAUAUACUAGUGUUGACAUGACAGAAACGAUCGCUACAUGGCUGCAGAACGGCCUUUUCCGGUUAUACGAAGAUGGCCGCCAUUGUGACGUAACCAUGAUUGUCCAACAUGAGGAAUUUCCCUGCCACAAGGCGGUGUUGGCCGCGUCUUCCGGUUAUUUCGACGCUAUGUUCUCUUCCGGUAUGAUCGAGUCCAAAUCUGAGAAAGUGACGUUGGUGGACGUGCGGUCUCCAAUAUUCCGCGAUAUCCUAAGAUUUAUCUACGCUGGUGCCGCCGUGGCAAAUACGACAAAUGUUGAAGAAUUACUUCAAGCAGCCUCCCUGUUCCAAAUCUCACAGCUAAAACACCACUGUGAGGAUAUACUACUGGACGAAAUAUCGCCGGAAAAUAGUGUUGGAUUUUGGGUAACCGGAAGAGCUCUUCAGUGCGAACGAUUGGAGGCAGUCGCCUGGGAUAUUAUAUCCAACCAAUUUGACGCAGUAAGAAAAUCAAAUGAGAUAUUCCGACUCGAAAAUGAAGACUUUUUGCAGAUCAUCAAAAGCGAUGAGUUAUACGUCCAACGAGAGGAAAAUGUAUGCAAGACAGCUUUAAAAUGGAUCAUGUAUGACGAAUCCGCAAGGAAAAAGUUUUUCCCCCAGGUGCUUUCAGAGAUGAGACUUUGUCAAGUGAGCCUGGAGUUUCUCUUGGAGGAUAUCUUUUCUUUUAGACAUGCUCAUUAUGACGAGUCUUGCAUCGCGCUAUUAAAGAACGCGGUAAAAUAUCACGCUCUGCCCGACAGACGACACACGUUCGACAGCCUGAAAGUGAGGCCAAGGAAUAACUGCACGGACGUCGCCCUGACGAUAGUUCUUGGCAGAAGGUACCAACAAGGGAAAGACAGCAUAAGUGAAGCUGAAUGUAUCGGUUACAACGUGAAAGAGCAUAAGUGGUAUUCAAUAUGUUCACUUCCGGUUGACAUCGGAGACAACUUUGUCACGUGUCCAUAUGGCAACGAUGUAUUCGUUUCUGGGGGAACGAUGAGGCCAAACUCGUUAUUCUUCUUUUCAUCAAAGCAGUUUAAAUGGCUAGAAAAAACAAAGAUGAAAACUGGUCGAUAUAGGCACACCAUGGUAGGGGUAAAGGACAGUUUGUACGUCCUCGGUGGCUACAACUUCGGUACAGUCUCCAGCGUGGAAGAGUACGACAUUCCUACAAACACGUGGGAAACUACCGGGGAACUGCUGCACGCGGUUGACGCCUCUUCCGGUGCCGUACACGGGGAAAGGAUCUUCCUGUUCGGUGGAUGGAAAGGCUUCACCGAGGAGACGGCGAUAAUUCAGUGCUUCGAUACACGGACAAAUACAUGUUCCGUGGUUGGAAAUUUGCCGUCACCUCAACGUAACACGUUCUCAGUUACGUUUAACAAGCAGACGUACAUAACGUUUACGAAUGGCGAAAUUCACAAAUUCAAACCCGAUGCCAAAAUAAAUCUCGUUCACAAGUUGGAAAAUUUUAAUCGAAAGAAUUUUGGAACUCUCAAAACUGGAACUGCAAUGUACGUUUUAGGAGGAUCUCUGAAUGGAAAUGACCAGGAUGAUGAAGAUUGCACAAACGUAUGUGACGUCAUCACUGACGUCAUGGGGACGGAUCACGAAAUAACUGUGUUGCCAAAGAAUUUGCCGGUAGCUAUGGAGGUCUAUGGCUGUUUCCAAUCUGUGAUCAGACAAAAAUAUCCGCUGGUGGAAUUUAAUGAAUUACUUGACUUCCUGUGAUAAAGAGCUUUGAGUAGAUAUUGGAACUAAUUGAUUGGAUCAGAACAAUGACGUCCAUAUUCACCGACGUCUUCAGCGAAUAUACAAGUAUCUUUAAUAUAAUACUUAAUGACAAAAGAUGAGUAAUAAGAGUAGACUAAGUUAUUUCAAACAAUACAGCAGCUUUACCAUUAUAUACCUUUAAUGUUAUAAUGAAAAUAAGAUUCACAGCUUCAGUAAGUGAAUUAUCGACCUCACAGAGAUCAAGUUCCCAGUGUUUAAUAUCACAUGUAUUUCUAUAGGGGAAUAUAACGCUCGUCUUGAAGAAAUGUCUUCAUUAUAGUUAAUAUAUACUUAAAUUAUUUUAAAGUAUGCAUGUCCAAGAUAUACUGUGGGCUCAGUGUCAGAGAGAUGUAACUAAAUAUAUAUAAUAUAUAUAAAUAGAAGUCGUAGUAAUCCUGCAGUAAUCCCCCAACAUGUAUGUCCUGAUUAGAGUUUUAAGUUAUAUUUCAUUUUAUAUUUUAGGAAAUGUGUACAUCAAAUAUACCUGGUCAGUAGUAUUUAUUAUAGAUGCUGAUUUUUAUACAGUAAUGAUAUACAUAUCGUAAGCUAUAGUUAUUAUAACAUGUAAACAGAAGUUCUAAUUUAUAUGUUAUUCCAUUAUAUUUAUUGCUGUUUUUUAUUGUUUAAGAAUUAAAUCCUCUACAAAAAAACUCCUCCAACUUGUUGAGUUUCUAUUUUGCCAUAGGUUUUAAAAAGAAAAUGGUGUUGCAGAGAGGGUACUAAAGGAGAAAAUGGUGCUGCAGAGAG